AUGCGCAGUAAUCCUGCGGAAGCUAUUCCAUAGCAUAUAGCUAGCUGCAUUUUGAGCAUGCCCUUGUGCUCAAAGCUGUUACGACGUUGCAUUGUGUCAUAUAUUUGAAUUGUUCUUCUGACUUGCUUGAGAAUACCCUUCGUCAUCAUGUCCCUGGCAGCAGAGGCUUUCGUUUCGCAAAUGGCAGCUGCAGAGCCGUGGCCUGAGAACGCGACCCUUUACCAGCCGCUCAGUGAUGAACAGAUUCUUCUCUCAGACAACGCCUCUUCUCUGGCUGUCCAGGCCUACCUGAAGAUGUGUGCUCUGCCUGUGAGGGUGUCCUGUCGCGCUAACGCUGAGUUCAUGUCCCCAUCAGGCAAGGUCCCCUUCAUCCAUGUGGGAAACCAGGUUGUGUCUGAGCUCGGGCCCAUUGUCCAGUUUACCAAAGCUAAGGGCCACUCUUUGAGUGAGGGGCUGGAUGACGUCCAGAGAGCGGAGAUGAAGGCUUAUAUGGAGCUGGUGAACAACAUGCUUCUCACUGCUGAGCUUUACAUCCAGUGGUGCGAUGACUCAACAGCAGGAGAGAUUUCUCGGCCCCGGUAUAGCAGUCCGUACUCCUGGCCUCUGAGCCACAUACUGGCCUAUCAGAAACAGUGGGAAGUGCGCCGAAAGAUGAACGCCAUCGGCUGGGCAGGGAAGAGCCUGGAGCAGGUUUACGAGGAUGUGAAUGAGUGUUGUCAGGCACUUUCACAGAGACUCGGAACUCAGCUCUACUUCUUCAAUAAACAGCCCACUGAGUUAGACGCUCUUGUUUUUGGUCACAUCUUCACCAUCUUGACCACUCGGCUGACCAGUGACGCUCUGGCGGAGCGGGUCAAGGGCUUCAGCAACCUGCUGUCCUUCUGCAAACGCAUCGAGCAGACCUUCUUUGAAGAGGCUGACCAAUCGUCAGCCUCCUCGCUCCAUUCAAAAGGCCCCUCCCUCCUGUGAGGCCUGGCCUGCCUCCCAACGCUCCGAAAUAUCCACAACCUUUCCAGCCGCCGCCUCCUCCUCCUCCUCCUCCUCCUCCUCCUCCUCCUACUCCUGCAACCACCUCCUCCUUGCUCUACUCCUGCCUGGAAUGCCAUACACUGAAAUCCCACCAAGACAACCAUAGCGCUUUUUUUGUUGUAAAAAUGCUUGGAUUUAAACAGAUGUAAUUCUUUGUUUGUUUUUCACUUGCUAUGAUUCCCCUCCUGUUGUAUAUGUAAAUGGAAAGUGCCUACCAUUAUUAAAAGUACACAUCAGCGGAAA